CAACAACAAAUACAAAAUGGCUCCGUGUCCUGAAGAAAUCGAUGUGUUUACAGUUCCUCACUCUCGGAUGAAGGAACUGGUUUGUCAGUACUUAGACAUGCUGACAGCCACCAACUUCUCAGACGUGUCCAAGUUCAUCCGACUCCUUGAGAAUCUUAUCAGAACGUUUCAAGAGUUCAUCGCCCAUGAACAAAUUGAAAACCAGUUCAUCAUGAAGAAGCUGAAACACAAGCUCCAGGCCCUACGUAUUCAGAAUACAGCUGUCUGCAACUGUCAUAAGGACAACAAGCUCACAGACAUGUUGUCACUGCUGCAGGACGGGUACAAGUGCACCAAGAAGACCGAUGCCGACAGACGGAACUUUGGUCUUCAGUUGAAGCAGGCUCUACAAGACUUCACUGAGGAGUUCUUGCCCCAUAUGGCGGAGGAAGAGGAGGUGUUUCAGCCCCUACUGAUGCAGCAUUUCACCUUUGAUGAGCUGAAGCAGAUCAAGGCCACAGUUUUACAACAACACUUCAAAGUGGAACCCGAGGAAACUCCAGAGAAAUGUGUUGCGGACAAUAAGUCAAACAAAAACGAAAAUCUUAGCAAAUAUGAGUCUUCACCAACCCAGCCCAGCAGUUCUAAAGUGAACCUUGACCAGCUCCCUGACGAAGUUCUGCUGAAAGUUUUCUCCUUCCUGAACCCACAAGACUUGCUGAGAACUGCGCAGGUGAACAGACGCUGGAACAAUCUGGCAAUGGACAGUAGCCUGUGGUCGGAGCUCUAUCCAGUGAGUUGGGCACAAGGUAACUGGUCGGCCCGGCAUGGUGUAUAUGAGGAAGAUGCGGAAGACGUGGUAAGGAAACUCGGGGCGCAGGCUCUAGACGAGGAUGCAGAUGUGGAUGACUCCGAUGAGGCUGACGACUGGGAUCUUGAGGCAAUACAGAUUCAAACACAGUCUAAGAUGCUGACAUCCAUGUGCAAGCACCUGUUACCACGCGUCGGUCGGUCCGUGAGGGUGUGUGACCUGGCCUAUAGCAAGGGGUUAACAAACGGCACUCUCUACAAGAUCCUGACGCUGUGUCCAAAUUUGGAGCGUUUAGACCUUACACAGACUCGAGUGUCGGACCUUGGAUUUAAAGGAUUUAAUAAAAAUGGAUGUGGAAAAUGUCUGCAGUAUUUAGACUUGUCUGGAUGCUUGUACAUCACUGAUCUGACACUGCAGAGGCUCUCUGAUGCCAUUGGUCGGAAUCCCAGUCCUAUUACCGAUAACUCUGCUUCCAUUGGUCGGUUGGCAUCAUCCAAUGAAAACCAGCUUUUUGAUGAAAACCAGCUUUUUGAUGACCAGAGUGAAAAGGACAACAAUGGCAAUUAUGCACAGUCCCUUGAUAAGGACCAAAGUUGUAAGAAUUGUUUAAAAAAUCAGUCAUUCUGCACACAUAUGUGGAAGAAAGACUCAUUUGAAGAGAAACGCUGCUGCAAACUGCAAAUAAAAGAUAGGUUGGAAGGUCAACAAAAUUGUACACAAAGAAUCUUUUUUAUGCCUGGGGACCCUUGCUGUAAUGUGGAUGUUGAACAGCAAGGGUCAUGUACCAGACUGCAGCCCCCUGACUGUGAUAGAAACUGUUUGUGUGGACACAAAAAAGAGACAGGGACUGUAAGUCACAACAAUGAUGGAAACCAGUGUUGCAAAGUGUCUAAGAAAGGGUUUGUUGACAGGAAUGAUGAUUCUGACGGCUGCAUUACUACAAAGGAGGCAAAGGAUACACAAACACAAGAUGGAUCAUUAGAUGGUCCAAAUGGCUGGAAGGGUUCAACAGUGGAAAAUUUUGCGAUUUUAGAUGAGGACAUGAUGACCUUUCAACCAGUUUACCAGACUGAAAGCAUUAAGCCUUACCAAACAGCAGACGGAAAAUGGUCCUCUCCUGAUGUUCUCGAUGAGCGAACUCCGUCUGAUUAUAUUCCUGGUCAGGUUAACUUUCCUGACUACAUUCUGCAUCGGGGAAACGCUUUCUCAGAUGACGAACCAGAGACCAAAUCAAGCACAUCCUCACCAGUGAAUGGAUAUAGGGCAUUGGAUUGUUCAAGCAAUGACUGUGAUACAAAACGACCAAUGACUGGGACAGGGAGGGUCCUGGAGUUUUUAAGCUUGUCCGGAUGCUACCAGAUUACGGAUGAAGGUUUGAAUUCCCUGACUUAUGGAGGCGGUCUUCCCCACCUGACCUACCUCGACCUAUCCGGUUGCCUGAACGUCGGGGGUGGGGCGGUCAGUGACCUGGUAGACUCCGCCCCCCAGCUCAACCCCGCCCAUCUGUUCUACUGUGACAACAUCCAGGAUGGGCCGUACCCGGAGGAGGCCUCGGGCUGCAGGAAUCUGCAGUGUGGGUCCCGCGUUUGCUGCAGAUGUGCCGAAUAGCACAGAAAGAUUAACAAAGGAAGGUCCAAAAGUUCAAAAAGCAGUCAACAACCCACCAAUGGAUGCAUUACAAGCAUGCAGCUAUGAAUUUCAUUUCAUCUAUGUAUCAGUAACACAGAGAAAAUCAUCUUACCGGUAUCUGUAUAACAGUAACACAGUGUUAACAUAAUUUCAUCUUUGUAACAACAAUACAGAGCAAAGAUUAUUUUCAUCUUUCUAACAAUCACACAGUAAAUACCAUUUCAUGUUUCAAACAAUAAAACAGGGUGAAGGUCAUUUCAUUUUGGUAACAGUAACCCAGAGUUAGAAUAAACUUGUUUUGUUAACAGUAACACAUAUUGAAGAUCAUUUCAUCUUUGUAACAGCAAGACAGAGUUAAUUAUUCUUUAAGUAUACACACAACCCCUGGGUUCAGUGUGUAACAAUUGUAUCUUGUAUAGUGAUGUUAUGCAGAUACUGUAGUUUCAAUGAUAUUCAUCAACACAACUACUGGUAUGCUUCACUUUGAGAUGACAAUUUUCUUCUUUUAAUUUCUCCAUGUGUCAAAGCUGUUGCAGAGGAUGCUUAGUAAACACUAUCUACAUAAUUUUGUAUAUGCUUGUUAAAUAAAUUGCUGUUUACUUAAUUUUGUGGAUCAAGAAGUAAAUGUCAUGCUGCCUUGUAUUAGAUUUUGUGUUUGCUUGAAGUUAUUUCAAUAAAAUAUAAGUAUGUUCCUUUAAUGGUGGGUUUGUAGUUGAUAUCUUGCUUAUAUCUGUGCAGCACAUGUUUCUUUAUUUGGCAUACGGUGGAGAUAAUGAUUUAUGUUUUCCUCAAUCUGGGAAAACAGGGUUUAAUGCAUGUUUGUAAAGUAUUGUCCCAGAUUAGUGGUAGCCUGUGCAGUCUGCACAGACUAAUCAGGGAAAAUACUUUCCAUUUGUAUGGAAUGUUUUGUUUUAAGGAAGUUUCUUCUAAUGUCAAACCCAAUCUAGACUGAGCGUGUGGUCCCUGAUAAGUCUGGGCAAACUUUACACACAUGCAUUAAGCCCCAUUUUCCCUAUAUCCACUCCACUUUUUGAGUUGUAUUUUAUUCCAUUCCAUGCCAACUAUAUUUUACUUAAUUAUGAAUAAGUAGAUAAGUAUCAUAAAAUGAUUGUUUUAAUAUUUUUUAUCUUUCCAAAUUAAAACAAAGAAUGAUGUAACCAUCUAACAUCUAUCAUAUAUUUUCUCUAUAUUGAACCUCACAUUAUUGACUUAAGAAAUUACCCCCAACACUCAUGUGAUACCCUCUUUAAAUCAGCUUUUUGUUCAGUUGAAAAAAAAAGUUAUUUGCAUAACAAACCUUGAGUUUGUGUAUAAACUAGAACAAACAUUUUUACAAA